AUGGCAGAGGCAGAGAGAGAGAGGGUCUCUGGAGACCUCUGGAGACCUCUGGAGACCUCUGGUCUGUGUGUCCACUCGAAUGUUUCCGCUGUCGAAUUGAUACUACCAACAGCCAAUAUUAAUAAACACGACAUUAGAAGACCAGAGAGGCCAUCAAUCGACCGCGGGGACCCGCAUGUUGCUAUUAUAAUAUUCACCACCACCAAUCCAAACGGUCCCGAAGUUAAAACAAUUACAGUUUGGAGCUAA